UCCUGGGGGAAUACGGCGACUUUCUACCCGCCUGGGAGGCAGCAGCCUGUAACCUUGUGCACCCAGAAGGGGAAGAGGCGACAGAUCAAGGUGGCCAUGCCUACCAGAGGCAUCAAAAGGAAAUAUCCUCAAUGGGAAGAGUCUGUGCUGGAUGGACACCUGUCCUUUCAGACAGACAGUUACACCUUCUUCCGUCAGUCCUUGCUCAACAUGUCGCUUGAGAAGUUCAACAAGGGACGUAUGAUGGUAGAGCCUAGCUUGCGACGCUAUGUUCUCAUCGCCAAUACUCUGAGAGUCAUCCAGGAAGAUAUUCGCCAUGAAAGUCUAUGCCCUCUUCCUGCCAUGGAGGGUGGAAUCCCUGGCAUAUGUGAUCCAUCAACUGGGAAUGUCAUAAGCUCUCUUCUCCCUCCAGAUCUGGAAAAUAUUCUUCUACCUUCCAUAGAAGAUGACUUUUCUGUGUCUGCUGCCAUUGCCUCCAUUUUGAAAGAGUUAGAAAGUGUAUUAGAUGAAAGUUGUCCGCAAAGUCUUCCACGAACCUUUGUCAUGCAUGAUGCGGAAGCCAAGGCGGAGUCUGUCAACCAAGUUGGUUCACGUGUCCCCUUCCCAGCCGCACAAACGCCAAGUAACGGUGUUGAUGCUAGGAAGGAAGAGCUUUUUAAUACUAAUUCUAGCUCCUUAGGGGAUGCUCGGGAAAUUGAAUUGAUAAGAGACCUGGUGUUGGCUGCAGCAUGUUCUGAAAACCUGCCUGCAUCUGCUCCAGAUGCGCCACCCGAACUUCCUACUGUUAUGGACACUUCUGUUUUGGAGCCAGUGCCUAUUAAAGCCUCCUCACACUCUAAUGGUGACGCACCAGUAGCUAUGGACACUUCUAGCCCUGAACAGAUGAAGUCUGAACUCCCAGCCGAUAACUCUGUAUUAACUGUUCCAGCUGAGGAGCUCAGACCCUCAGAGGCUGUCUUUGGCAGUUUUGAGAUCAUGAAUUCCAGCUAUCUUAACGAUGUCUCUCUUGAUGAUCCCUUUUCAGACAUUGACACUUCUGUGUUUGAGAAAGAAUCUCAGUCUAUAGGAUCCUCCUUAAGUACCCGUUUGUCUGCAUCAGAAGAACAAUGGUUUUCUUCCUCCUGUAGCUCCCCAUCUUACAGUUCUAGUCAAGGUAUGCGGGAAACCAAUGACAUUGAUAACAUUAUUGAAAUUCUUGUUGGGUCCUGACAUCUUCCUAAAGCAAGAACUAACUUUUUCAAUAGGAUGGGCCAGUAUAAUAUUUCUGAGCUGGAAGGACUCUGAGACUAUGCAUAUAUUUGCACAAAACUGUAUGCUGUCCUUUGCUGGUUAUCUUGCAUGUCAUAAUGCGAGAAUGGUGCCUACAAACCAGUAACUAGAAGUGUUCAGUGUUUACA